AUGGACGCCGUCGCCUUCUCCCCCGCUCCGAACCCCAACGCCGCGCCAUUCCCCUCCGCCUCCCCGUCCUCGCGCGCCCGACGCUUCUCCAUCCGCGGCCCGCGGCGGCGGCGCCCGCUCCCGGCCCUCCGAUCCAGCGCCUCCCCCUCCGCCUCCCACCACGACGUGGUCGUCGUGGGCGCCGGGAUCGUCGGCCUCUCCAUCGCCCGCCACCUCCUCCUCCACACCCCGCUCUCCGUCGCCGUCGCCGACGCCGCCGUCCCCUGCUCCGGCGCCACCGGCGCAGGGCAGGGGUACGUGUGGAUGUCGCACCGGACGCCCGGGAGCGACACGUGGGACCUGGCGGUGCGGAGCAAGCACCUGUGGGAGGACCUCGCGGCCGAGAUGGACGGCCUCCGCGCCGGCGGCGCGCGCGAGAGCCUGGGGUGGAUGAAGACAGGAAGCUUAUUAGUUGGAAGAACCUCCAAAGAGCUGGCUACGCUGGAGGAGAAGACUAAGGUUCUGUCUCAGGCAGGCAUCAAUGCGGAGUGCUUGUCUGCCUCUUCGUUGCAUGCAUUAGAACCCGCACUCUGUGUUGGAAAUGAUGGUGGUGCCAUGUUCUUACCUGAAGACCGUCAAAUCGAUGCGUUCCAGGCUGUGUCUUUGAUUGAAAAGAUCAAUAGGUCAUAUACUCCAAAAGGGAGAUAUAUGGAGCUCUACAAUGAUCCUGCCAUGUCAUUGAUAAGAUCAGAGGUUACUGGAAGGGUUGAAGGUGUCCAAACUUCUAAGAACAUCUUAUAUGGCAGAAAAGCUACUGUAGUUGCUUCUGGCGCUUGGACUCGGUCCUUAUUGCAUAGUUUCCUAGGACCAAAUUCUACACUGGAUAUUCCUGUGAAGCCACGAAAGGGUCAUCUGCUUGUGUUGGAAAAUUUUGACAUGCUAAAGCUGAAUCAUGGCAUAAUGGAGCUGGGAUAUGUUGACCAUCAGGGCGAUAAUUCACAUAGCAUACACUUGUCGUCAACAUCCAAUGAAGAUGAGCAUGACGCCGCAUCCAUAUCAAUGACAGCAACAUUAAAUACAAAAGGGCAUUUAGUUUUAGGAAGCAGCAGGGAGUUUAAAGGAUUUUCAAGGGAGGUUGAUAAAUCCAUACUGAAGAGUAUAUGGGACCGUGCAGGAGAAUUCUUUCCUGCCAUCAAUAAUGUUCAUCUUGAUAUUGACGAGGACAAAGAAAUCAGAAUUGGGCACCGCCCCUACAUGCCUGAUGGGAAGCCAGUUAUUGGAUUUGUUCCGGAUAUGUCAAAUGUUUUGAUUGCAACAGGACAUGAAGGAAGUGGACUUGCUUUGGCGCUAGGUACUGCUGAAAUGGUGACGAAUAUGAUUCUUGGUGACCCUGGAAGAGUGGACUUCACGCCUUUCUCCAUAGAAAAUAGAUUUUCAGGGAGUAAUAAACACCAUGGUAACCUAUUUGCGACUAAAUUGCUGGUAUGGUUCAAUAUAUCUGCCUUAAUUUAA